AAAACCCUGUGUGCCCCCGGAGACUGCAGUCCAGUGGGUUCUGAAGACAAGUGCAACAUUAAAGAAGGUCCAAACUUACAAGGCUACGGUAAGACUUAUUUUCUUUGUCGUUAUAGUUUAAAAGUUUAAAAGCAGAAGAGUAGUGAGACAUUAUGAGAUAUAACAAUUAGCUUUUUAAGAAUGUAAUAAUUUGUUUAUUAAUAUCUCCUUAUUAAAUUGCUUUCAUCAUUGCUUAGUUUUCAGUGAAAUAAUGCUUCUAUUCUUUCUAGAGAUGAAGAUCUGGCAACUGCCUUCCAUGCUCCUUGUUUUUAUAUCAAGUGUCUCUCCUCACCCUCAUCACUUAUUUGAGUAUGAUGAGCUAAGCCAGUAUGUUGACAGCCAUCAGGAAGAAUAUGUACAGGCAAGUUUCUUAACAGGAUCACGAUGUUGUCUGUUUUAUUAUCUGAUAAUACAAUAUUCAUUUUAAAUAAAUGCUGUGUGUGUGUGUGUGUCUGUGCGUGUGUGUGUUAGACUCUGAGGGACUGGGUUGCUGUAGAGAGCGACUCCAGUGAUGUCUUGAGGAGGCCGGACUGCCAUCGCAUGAUGGAUAUGACGGCUGAGAAACUACAAUCCAUGGGAGGGAAGGUGGAACUAGUGGACAUCGGCGUACAAGAGGUCAGUUUUCUGGAAUGUGGUCAACUUAAUGAGUAUGUUAUAGGAUCUUUUAGUUUGCUUUUAACUUAGUCUUUAGAGUCCUUUAGUAUCAGAUCAGACUGGUUUGCAGAAAUCAAUACUAAAAGUUGGGUGUUGACAGAAAUGCUCCCUGCCUUGCAAACUGUAUUCAGGUUAUUUUCUGCAUCUACCAUGUCUUUUAUCAUCAUGCUUAGCUGCCUGGUGGCAAGACAUUGGCCUUACCCAAGGUUGUGACAGCCCAGUUUGGCAGUGACCCCAGUAAGCAGACAGUCUGUGUGUACGGACAUGUGGAUGUCCAGCCUGCUAAACUAGAGGACGGCUGGGCCACUGAACCCUACAACCUGACAGACAUCAACGGUAGGUUAUGGCUUCCAACAGUAGUCUAUGGGUUCCAACGGUAGGCCAUGGGUUCCAACGGUAGGCCAUGGGUUCCAACGGUAGGCUAUGGGUUCCAACGGUAGACUAUGGGUUCCAAUGGUAGACUAUGGGUUCCAACAGUAGGCUAUGGGUUCCAAUGGUAGUCUAUGGAUUCCAGGCGUUCACAAUCACAGCAAUCAAAUGUAUUAUAAGGAUUUUUUACAGUACUUUACAGUGAUCCAUUCUAUACCCAACACACAUAAACAUCUAUCUAUAACUAACAGCCAUUAGAUAUUAUAGCUAAUGUGAAGGAAAGAAGCAAGUACUUGGGUGUGGGAUGAUUUUUACCAUGCGUAUUUUGAACCAAUGAAAUGUAACUGGUGUAAUUGAUACAUGCAUAUUAAAUGUCAAUGUGAGGUGAAGAAUGGACAUGUAUCUGAAAAUAAUGACUUUGAGUCUACCCCUAAGGAAACCUCUACGGCAGAGGGGCGUCUGACAACAAGGCCCCUGUCUUAGCCUGGAUCCAUACAGUGGAGGUCUACCAGGCCCUCAGCAUUGUGAGUUUCCAGUAAGAAAAGAUAUCAGAGUGAACUCAUAGGAGAUGUAGAGACAUAAGACAUGUGGUGAAACAAGUUGAGUUGCAGUCUAACUGACCAUUAUUAGCGAGCCACCCUUUGUUAUAACAAUUCUUAUUUUUUCCCCUCCUCCUGUCCACCCCCUGCCCUCUCCCCAUGCAGGACCUGCCAGUCAAUGUGAAGUUCAUCAUCGAGGGGAUGGAGGAGACCGGGUCCAAUGGCCUGGACGCCAUGAUCGUGGCGCAGAGAGACACGUUCUUCUCCGAUGUCGAUUACAUCAUCAUCUCGGACUGUGGUUGGCUGAGCCGACGCCCCGCCCUCACCUACGGGACCAGGGGGAACUGCUACUUCUUUGCUGAGGUAGGAUGGGCUGGGGGCAUUGCCAAUUCUGUGGGAAUUUCCAAGGAAACUCCUUUACUUUUUCAAGAUCAUUAAUGAAUAGCCAUGGUGACUUUGUAUGUUUGGUAGGUAGAGGGCCCCAAACAGGACCUACACUCAGGGGUGUAUGGAGGCACUGUUAUAGAGCCUAUGACAGAUCUGAUCGGCAUAUUGGGUGAGUUUUUAACCUCUAUGAAUGACAGAAUGUAAUACUAUCUUAACACCAAAUGUAUAGCUAUCUCAGGCUCAUGUUUGCAUGAAAAGCUGCCGUCCGUGUGUCUGUGUGAGCUCUCUGUUGGCACAAAUAAUAAAGAAUUUGAUAUUCCUACAAAUGUGUGUCCAUAAGGACUGCUUGUGUGUUGACCUAUGUUGUUUUCCUAUCCUCCAUCUCUUCCCCACAGACACACUGAUCAGCCCCAGUGGAAAGAUCCUCAUCCCAGGCAUCAGAGAGGCCGUCGCCCCACUCUCAGACGAAGAGUGGAAGAUGUACCAGGACAUUGACUUUGACAUUGAGAGCUAUAAGUCCAAGAUCGGCGUCAGCCAACUCAUGUACAGCAACAAGGUAAUGCACAGGGGAGUGGAUUUUUUUGGAAUGUUUUUUUUUCAGUUUUCUCACUCCUCCUAUCUCUGUUUCUCUGUUUGUAUAUAGCCUGUAUGUAUAUAGUAACACAAUAUAUUUUAUUGUGAUACUAUUUAAUUUUUAUCGAUUUGUACAUUUUAGUACUUUUUAACUGCAUUGUUAGGAAAGGGCUCGUAAGUAAACAUUUCUCGGUAAAGUCUGCACUAUUCGGCGCAUGUGACAAAUAAGAUUUGAUUUGAUUUCUCAGGUAGAUCUGCUGGCCCAUCGUUGGCGCUACCCUACUGUUACUAUCCAUGGCAUCGAGGGGGCCUUCUCUGGCCCUGGCACCAAGACGGUCAUCCCUGCUAAGGUCAUUGCCAAGUUCUCCAUCCGACAGGUCCCCAACAUGGACCCAGCAGUGGUCAAGAAACAGGUGGGUGGUACACGCCUCUCACCAACUGCAUUGUACAGUUGCAUGACAACACAAUUACAUGCAGUUACACACAGUUACACAAACAUUUCUGGAAUUGUUCUAACCUUCAGACUCUCUUUAUACAAUACAUCCAAGAAAAGGGAACAUUGAUCCAGGUUGUUACACUAUUAUAAUGUCCCUCAUUCUGCUCAUUCAGUUAAUUUACUAUUCAGUUAUUCACUAUUUCAGUUUGGUUUCAGUUAAUGAAAUAGACGUGAAGACUGCAUGUAUGCCUGUUACGUAUUUGUUCUAUUGCAGGUCACAGACUACCUGAACUCUGUGUUUGCCAAGAGAAAGAGCCCCAACAAGCUGAAGGUGACCAUGAUCAUCGGGGCUAAGCCCUGGUUAGCAGACACCAAGCACCCCCUGUACGAGGCAGGGAAAGCAGCCGUGAAGAGAGGUACACUUAGUCAACUCUGUUCUGGACAAACCUUCAUGUUCAGAGGACCUUUCUUAUGCUGUCUGUGUGUGUGUUUGUAUGAACAGUGGUCAUAGGGGUAAUGAUUACCGUAUAGUAGCUGACUGGACAUGUAUUGCACAACAGCAGCUUCACAGUGAUAGGCCUAUCUGUAGUCGUUAGAGUUGUUAAGUUACCAGACAUAGAUAGAUAUCCUUAUCACUAAAAGAAGCCAGUGUGCUGUGGUUGUACUGUAGACCUAUCAGUGGUUAAGGCAUGACAGUGCAGCGAUAUUGUAAUGUUUGUGUAGCAGAAGGGAUUUGGAAUCACAAUAUCGCGAAGAGGUAGCCCUGUCUGAGACUUGUAUGCCCAAAUAACACCCUUGGACCUUGCAGAUGUACUCUUGGUCUAAAGGUUAAGGCAUUGACUUGGUGAGCAGGAGACCUAGCUUCUAAUCCCACUGGUUACAUUUGGUUUUCCUCUACUGCAGGUACAAUGCAUUAUGACGCAGUCAGACUUGUCAUUGUUUUCCUCUAGUGUUUAACGUGGAGCCAGACCUGAUCCGUGAAGGGGGAACCAUUCCCAUCGCCAAGACCUUUGAGGAUGUGACCGGGAAGAGCAUCAUCAUGAUGCCCAUCGGAGGCUUCGACGACGGCCUCCACUCCCAGAAUGAGAAGAUGAGCAGGUUAGCCCUUCAAUCUCCUAAUACUUUAUGUAUACAUUUUUUAACAAUGAACAUCUAUUGAUUUUUACGCAUGCAUGCACGGACACACACCCACAGAUGUAUCAACAGUGUCUUAUUUCCUUUUAAAGGAUUGGUUGAGGACAUAUUGUUUUCUCUCACCCAUUCCUUUCCCAGGUACAACUACAUAGAGGGGACCAAGUUGUUCAUCGCCUACCUCCAUGAAGUGGCCCAUCUCAAGAAGAACUGAGAGCACCUCUUUUUUUUCACCACCAUUAAAAGACAGUUCUAUCAUGUUUAGCUUGUAUGAGUUCCCGUCAGUGGAGUCAGGCUUUUCUUAGCCUUUUUCCUGAUGUUAUGUUGUAACUUUUCUUGUUUCUUUCCCUCUAAGCAAAACAUUCCAGAAACCAUGUGAGUUCUUGGCAUCUGAUAUAGCCUCAACACUCCGCUUCUCUCUCUUGCUCUCUCGCUCUCUCUCUGUAUCUUUCUUCCUCCCUCACUUUCCUCCUUUCUCUCUCUCAAUGUCUCUCUCUCUCAAUUUCUCUCUCUCAUUCACACACAAAAUAUCUACUUGAAACAGCAAAUAAAACUGGUUUGACACACUAUA